UGCAACUGUGCCAGCGAGGCAAGGAGGGCCGUAGAAGUCAUAAAAACAUAUGCGGCGGCGAGCACUGAUGCUGCUCUUUGCGAGCAGCGCCAGGGCGCUGCUGCGCGCCGGCGCACCGGUAGGACGGCUGGCGCGCCGCGCUGCGAGCACCGCCGACGAGCAACUCGUAGCUGUCAAGGUCACCAUCGACCAGAGGUUGAGAGACGCCCUGCGCCUGCCCGGCAAGCAGCGCCGACCGCGCUGUUUUGUCAGAGACAAAGACGAAGCGACGCUAAGAGACGCUAUUGAACAGAAGGUUCCUUCAUUAAAACUGCAGGACUACGCCAUCCGACACGAGGAUGAUACUGUGGUCGUCGAGCCAAGAGGCCCACUCCUCACAACUACAGACAAAGAGCCGGAGGUGGUCACUUCCGAUAAAUACGCCAUGGUGUCGUGGUACCACUUCUUCACCGGUAAACACGACGCAGAAGCAUUAGUCAGGACGCUCCAGGCGACCUGGUCCCAAAUGGGCGUCCUCGGCCGGGCUUAUGUGGCAAAUGAAGGCGUCAACGCGCAGCUCUGCGUGCCCGAUACCCACGUGGACACGUACAAGGAGCACCACGCCCGGCUCUUCGACAAACUUGAAGAAGAAGCGCCUUCAUUAAACUUCGACGGCACGGUAGAAAAGGAAGAAACGAUGCCGUUCCGCGCGCUGAAGGUUCGGACCAGGGAUUAUGUGGUCGCGGACGACGGCGUCGGCGCCGAUUUAGAUUUGCAGGAUCCCGGUGUUGAUCUGGAGCCGUCGACGUGGCACGAACAGUUAGGAGGCGACUUCGGCGACAAUAAUACGUCUACAAACACCAUCUUAGAUGUGCGCAACCACUACGAGAGCGCCGUGGGUUCCUUCGCCGGCGCGACGCCGCUAAAUACGGAGACCUUCAAGGACACCUACCAAGCGCUCGACGCGGCCCUGGCCGCGAAGCCGAAAAGCGAGCCCGUCUACAUGUUCUGCACGGGCGGCAUCCGGUGUGUGAAGGCCGGCGCCUACGUCAAACAAAAGCUCGGGUUUAGCGAUGUCCGGCGACUGAAAGGGGGCGUCGUCAACUACACUCAACAACUCUCCGAGACGAACCUCGAGGAGACGUCGCGGUUCCGGGGCGUCAAUUACGUGUUUAAUGAUCGCGUGGGAGAAAGGGUGACGGCGCCUCCAGUACCAGAUGGCGAGGUCCUCGAUUCAAGAGCCGCGGAAGCGUUGGUGGCCGUGCAUGAUUCAACAGAUGAGGAUGCACAGAUCGUGCACCCCGCGGACGCGUACGCCGUCUCGUUAUCCGGCCCGGAGCACCCUCUCAUCGAGAGAUGUAGGUUGGAUGCUUCCGCAAGGUACCCGGCGGCGGCCCACAUGUGCUCGGGGCCGACGCAGGGCAAAUUGCUCGCGACGCUCUGUAAACUAAGGGGCGCGGCCCGCGUUCUGGAGCUCGGCACGUUCUGCGGCUACGGGACGCUCUGGCUCAGCAGCGCGUCGAAGGAAGUCAUUACGGUGGACCGGGACGAGCGCGCCGCGAACGUUGCAAAGGAGCAUUUUCGAGAUGUACCUGCGGACUGGGGUGCCGUGCGGCAGGUCGUCGCCGAUCGCGGCCAGUACCUUGAGAACUGCAAAGACGGCCCCUUCGAUUUGGUGUACGUCGACUGCGACAAGAAGGGCUACGCCGCGGUCUUCGACGCCUUGCUGGAUACGCCGGGCCUCUUGUCCUCAAAUGCGUGCCUCGUCUUUGACAACACGCUCUGGAAGGGCCGCGUGGCCGAGGGCACGACUGGUAUGAGUCCAAGCGAAGAGGAGGCCAUCCUUGCCGAAGCGGAGUUGAAUGGAGACGACCCGAAGCGGGCGCUCAAGGCCGCGCGGCGCGACCGGGCCGUGGCGCAGGCGCUCCACGAGUUCAACGUCAAGCUCCGGAAGGAUACGCGCGUGGACCCGCUCGUGCUGCCGCUGCGGGACGGGCUGACCGUCGCGACCCUUACGUAAUCGUCUAUUUGUGUGC